AUGGCCUAUUCUGACAUGCAGGAAGUCAGCUUCAGGAAUCCCAGGUCCAUGAGACCUGUGAGACUCUGGAGCAAGGAAGACUUGUCCUCGAUGGAGGAGGAUUGGGGCUGCACUCUCGAUGGGCGCCUUGUCCACGUCAUGGACCUGUCAGUGAUGGAAUUGGGAAAUGGUGGAAAAAGAAAUGAAAUGUCCCAGAAACAGGCUAGUUUUAAGAUUUAUGAAUGCAGAAGAGCGAAGAAGACAGACAGAAACUAUUUCUUCAGCUACAGGAGCUUGAAAAACUACUGGAAAACAUUGAGAGGGUUCACCCGAAAGCUUCAUCUACAGAAGCGGGCGAAUUCCCGAGCAAACUCAGGGGUCAUCCCGCCCUCUCUCCCGGCUCAAGUAUUUCUGCUGCCUUCCUCGUGCCGGCCCAGCGCUCAUGCCGACGCGCGGGCAGCUAGAGCCAGGCAUCCCUUCCAGCUGAAAACUAACACGGCGCAAGCGAUUAGUUUUCGGCCCCGUAAGCUCCCUGUGCUGGCUGGCCGGGGCGUCCCUGGCGAGAGCGAGGCCGGCAGCGGCGCGUUGCAGGCGCUGAGAGGUGGCCCCUGCUCUCCCGGGCGCUCUGUGUCCACCGCCGAGCACCGCGGACUAAACUGCGCGUGUGACCUUAGCAUCUCCCAGAAGCGAGUGGAGCUGUGCGCAAAGCGAAGGCUGGAACUAGGAGAAAGUGGUCACCAGUAUCUUGCUGAAGGAUUAAAAACUCCGAAAGGGAAAGGAAGAGCUGCGACCAGAAGUCCAGAUAGUCCAAAAACCCCAAAAUCUCCUUCAGAAAAGACUCGGUAUGAUACAUCACUUGGCCUUCUUACAAAGAAGUUCAUUCAGUUGCUGAGCCAAUCUCCUGAUGGGGUCUUGGACUUGAACAGAGCAGCAGAGGUCCUCAAGGUGCAAAAAAGGAGGAUUUACGAUAUCACCAAUGUACUGGAAGGCAUCCAUCUCAUUAAGAAAAAAUCCAAAAACAACAUUCAGUGGAUGGGCUGCAGUCUGUCUGAGGAUGGUGGCAUGAUGGCGCAGCGUCAAGGCCUCACAAAGGAGGUGACAGAACUGACUCAGGAAGAGAAGAAACUAGAUGAGCUAAUCCAAAGCUGCACCCUGGACCUCAAGUUGCUAACAGAGGACUCGGAGAAUCAGAGAUUAGCUUAUGUGACAUAUCAAGACAUUCGAAAAAUUAGUGGCCUUAAAGACCAAACUGUUAUAGUUGUGAAAGCUCCUCCAGAAACAAGACUUGAAGUGCCUGACCCAGUGGAGAGUGCAUUGAUACAUUUAUCUAGUACUCAAGGACCUAUUGAAGUUUAUCUAUGCCCAGAGGAGAACGAUGGCCUCAGUCCAAUGAAAACCUAUAGUCAGGACCACAAUGGAAAUAUUUCCAAAACCAUUUCCAAAGAAGUGGCUUCCGGUAACUCAGGACAAGGUGACUGCUCAGUGAAUAUGGCGACGCUUUCUCCAUUGGCUUCUCCAGCCAACCUUCUACAGCAGACUGAGGACCAAAUUCCCUCAAACUUUGAAGGACCAUUUGUGAAUUUGCUGCCUCCUCUGCUUCAGGAAGAUUAUUUGCUGAGCCUUGGGGAUGAAGAAGGCAUCAGUGAUCUCUUUGAUGCUUAUGAUUUAGAGAAGCUUCCUUCAUUGGUAGAUGAAUUUAUAUACAGCUGAUUCUCUUAAAUGAUGUCCAUACUUAAAUCAUGUUUUUAUUAGAAAUGGAACACCUGCCAUCAUUCAGUAGUCCCCUACUUAUUAUAAAAUAGCAUUACUAAAUAAUCCAUGCUCCUAAACAGUGCUGAUAUUUUAAUUAAAUACUCCCUAAAAUACCAUAAAAAAACAACUGAAGGCUUUUACAACAAAGCCUUCUCUUUGACCCCAAAGCUCCAGCGCCCUGUGAGUCGCAAGUGCAAGCAGGUCACCAUAAAUGUUUUGUUUUCACACUCCCCCAGUCUCUGCUUACUGUGACAAGUGGGCUUAUGGAGAAGGGCUCAAUGAACUGGUUUAAUCAUAAAUAACAAUUUUAUAAUAGUAUUUCAGGUCGUGCCUUCUGCAGAGAAUGCAUGUCUUUUGAGUCUCACAACAUGGAUUGUACCUGCAGUAAACAUAAAUAUGAAGUAAAGCAAACGUGUGAAAUGGGAUUCUUCAGCUAUUUGUGGGAAUGUUUAAAUUGCUGUCAUAAUGCUCAUUUUGAGCUGUGUAUACAUCUCACUAUGAGGUCAAAUACUUAUGUCCUUAAAAGCUUUUAAUAAAAAUACACUGUAAAUGUAGUGUAUAUUGCAAAUAUUGAAAAGUAUAAAGUUCUGCCACUUCUCGUAGUAAUCACAGAUUUUAAAAAAUGCUUGUGUAAGUGUGUGUGAAAGUAGUUUGUUUUUUUAAAACUAGGACAAAGAUGCACAGUUCAAUUUUACUGCCCCCAGUGUGCAUUAGAACUGGUACAUAAAUUUUUGUGGUACUAAGUGGGGCUUUGUGUUAAGUGCCUACUAGAGAUGCACUGUGGGUUUUUCCCUCUAUGGAAAACACUUAUGCCAAGCUUUGUUUGUUCGAUAUAUCAUAUUUAUCUCAGUGGGUUAGCUUCCUCUGCUUACAGCUUUUUAUAAUUCUCGCCAGUGAAACAGAACUAAUUUUUUUUUCCAAAGUACAUAACUGUAAGUACCACAUCAACUGAAUUGCAUUUAUUUUUGAAAAUCUUUGGUAGUAUAGUAUAGUACCAAUAUUUAUUUUUUGAAAGUGAGAGGAAUUCUAAAAAGUCUUAAAUAAUUUUUUCUUUUGAGUGUAAAAUAUGUUGCCAUGUUUUGGGCUAAAUUAAUGUAUGUUGAUUAGAUGAUGCCCAUAUAAUUUUUUUUUUUGCAUUAAUGUUGUGCUUACCUGACAUAUUCAGAAAAUUAGUACUAUUUGUACUGUAGUAGAAUAUUAUGUAUGCAGGUUUUCUGGUACCAUUGAGUUGCUGCUAUAAAAGCUCACACAUGAAAUGGGAAGAAGUCACAGUACUAAUAAGAAAACUGUAUGACUGUGUGAGUUUUGGAAUAUAACAAAUGUAUAAAGGGCAACACAUAAAGAACUGUUAAACAGUGUUAAGUGUGUGUUUAUAUGUACAAAUGUGUGCAUAGAUCAUUCAGCAGUUGUAUUUAAGUUGAUAUAUGUUCUCAACUCACACUUUAGUUAUCUAGCAGUUUUGUACAAUAGAAUUAAUUUGUAAACACUGCCAGAAUAUUUUCUAGCUGGUUUGUAAUUUUUUAAGAGUUUUUUUAGAUGUGGAUCUGUAAAUAAAAUUGUAGUAUUUAAAGUUUUAGUCGGUGGAAGAAGAAAGUAAAAGUUGUGUGAGCAUGAAGAUUUGUGAGACAAAGGGGCACUUUUGUGGGGGAAGAGAAAAUGAAGACUAAUGGAGAUCAUCUUUUUUGUACAAAUUAAACACUUGUCCCAAUGUGCGUGGGCAAAAUACUAAUCUAAUUUAGCUUUGCAUUGUAUGCCAGUUUAAAAAAAAAACUCUGUAAAAUACUGUAAAAAACAACAAAAAAAAGCUUUUAUGGUGAGUUUUGUAAAUAGAUUUAUUAAAGGAUGACCUGUUCUCUAGCUGUGAUCUUACCACUUCAAAUGGAUGUAAUUUGAAUAAAUUUUGUAUGGUAAUGAAUCAAUAAAAACAAUUUUUUAAAGA